GCUGCAGAAAGAGAGUUUCAUGAAGCUCUUUCCUUACCUCAAUUGUCCCUUCCUUUCUCGUCAGCAAAGUUCGUUGCACCUCAAUUUGGUACGUAAACAAUGCGUUUCGGACGCACGCUACAGGUGUCAGCCUACGGACCAUGGCGGGACAAGUACAUCGACUACGCCAAGCUGAAAAAGCUAUUGCGAGAUGAUGAUUCGGCGCCGAGCUCGCCUUCUACCGCAGAACCGGCGAACGACAAGUGGACGGAUGAGGAUGAGAGCCGCUUCGUAGACGAGCUGGUCAAUGUACAGCUCGAAAAGGUGCAUGCCUUCCACAAGGAGACGUUAGGAAAGCUGCGGGAUCGCACGGCCAAGUGUGAGGCUCGUCUCGAUACCGUUGCCGUUGCGGGCGUGCAAGGGCAAGCUCAAGCUACGGCCGGAGCCGAUGACAACAGAGAGAGUGGCGGGGCUAAUGCUAAUGGCGACGGCAACGACAACGGGAAGAAGUCGGUACCGAGCGAGCAGGAACAGAAGUCGAUUCUGAAGGAGGUCCUGUCAGAGCUUGACAAUAUCACCGAGGAGACGAAAGAACUGGAGAAGUACAGUCGCAUCAACUACACCGGCUUCUUGAAAGCUGCCAAGAAGCAUGACCGGAAACGAGGUGCUUCUUACCGAGUCCGACCGCUACUACAGGUCCGCUUAGCUGCGCUCCCCUUCAACAAAGAGGACUACAGUCCGCUGCUCUACCGCCUAAGCGCCAUGUAUAGCUUCAUCCGGCAACACCUGGACGGGGCUGAGGCUCGACACGCCAGCAUGAGCGAGACGAAGGAGGGCCAAGACGAGUACGUUAGCCACAAGUUCUGGGUGCAUCCGGAGAAUCUACUCGAAGUUAAGACGUUGAUCCUCCGCCGCCUGCCCGUACUGGUGUACAACCCUCAAACCUCCAAGAUCGUAGAGGGCAGUCAACCGGAUCCGUCAAUCACCAGUAUCUACUUCGACAACCCGGCCUUCUCCCUCUACUCGCGUAAGGUCGACCACGGCGAAGCCUCAUCCCUGCGUUUGCGUUGGUAUGGCCAACUAAACAGCAGGCCGGAGAUCUGGAUCGAGAAGAAGACUGUCAAGGAAGACGACACGAGCAGCGAGUCCCGCAUCACCACAAAGGACAAGUACGUGCAACGCUUCAUCCGCGGUGAGUAUAACAUGGAGAAGCAGAUCCAGAAGCUCUCGGAUCGCGCUGGCGCCGACAGCGAGGAUGUCAAGUCUUACAAAGCCUCCGUGGAAGAGAUCCAGAGCUUCAUCAAAGACCAGAACCUUCAACCCGUGCUGCGAGCAAACUACACCCGCACCGCUUUCCAAAUCCCCGGCGAUGACCGUGUCCGGAUCAGCCUCGAUACCGAUCUCGCCUUCAUCCGUGAAGACGCGCUCGACGACAGCAGACCGUGCCGCGACCCGGACGCGUGGCACCGUACAGACAUCGACAACAACGAGCUCGAAUACCCCUUCUCCUCCAUCCGCAAAGGCGAGAUCAACCGCUUUCCCUUCGCUUUACUCGAGAUUAAAGUCCGUCGCUCAGGCAAGCAGAGCCCUUGGAUCGAAGAAGUCAUGCAUUCGCACCUCGUCAAAGAGGCGCCACGCUUCAGCAAGUUUGUGCACGGCGUCGCGGAACUGUUCGAAGACUAUGUCAACACUUUUCCCUUCUGGCUGUCGAUGGUGGAGACAGACAUCCGCCGUGAUCCGCGAGAAGCAUUCGAAGAGGAGCAGGCGAAGAAGCAGAAAGAACGAGACGAUGAAUUCGCGGUCGGCAGUCUGCUCAAAUCGAAACCGAGUUUCAGUCCGCUGCAGCAAGGGCAGAAGCAAGUUAUCAGUCCCGCUGGCUCCCCAGCAUUGGCAGAACAAGUGAAGAAAAGCCCCCGUGGUCCCGAUGGGAAGUCUACCGACGGACUUGGCACGGUCGCAGCAACAGAACAAACCCAAAUGAACGAAACAGCCGAAGAACCCGACGAAGACGAAACCGGCGUCACACAACCCAGCACCACCUCUGCAGCGGGAAGAGGCAGACUGAAAACCCUCCUUCCCUCCUCAUUCAGCACAAGCAAAUACGCCCGCUCCCGCCGCACCCCACUGCCCCCGGGCGUGACGAAACCAGACCACUGGAUCAAAGACGCCGGUCCCGUGAAAGUCGAAGCGAAAGUCUGGCUCGCGAACCAAAGGACUUUUAUCAAAUGGCAGCACGUGGCCAUCCUGCUCGCUUCACUUUCCGUGGGACUUUACAAUGCGGCGGGGCAAGAUAACACGGUCGCCCGAGCGCUGGCGGUGGUGUAUACGGCUUUGGCGGUGCUGACGGCGGCGUGGGGGUAUGGGAUUUACAUGUGGCGGUGUGCUUUGAUUGAGAGGAGAAGUGGGAAGGAUUUCGAUGCGGUUUUGGGACCAGUGGGGGUUUGUUUGGGGCUUGUGGUGGCGUUGGUGUUGAACUUUGCUUUCAAGGUACGUUCUACGAGGAGUGUUUGAGGGUUUAGGAGGGGUGGUUGUGAUGUGACUGACUGUUGGGUGCUGUAUCAAGCUGUUUUGCGGGAUCGGAACCCGGAGCAGCAGGUCGUAGCUGCCGCUGCGAUGAACCGGACGUCGGGUUGGACGCAUAUGGGCGAGCUGAGAUGAUGCAAGU